CCCUGUUGGAAAUCUCGCGAUGGAGAGAGGAGGAGGUAUACCCCUAGAAACACUUAAAGAAGAAAGCCAGUCAAGACAUAUUUUACCUGCAAGUUUUGAAGCCAACCGUUUGCAGAAAAGCAACUGGGGGUUCUUACUUACUGGGCUUGUGGGCGGGACCCUGGUGGCUGUGUAUGCUGUAGCCACGCCGUUUAUAACGCCAGCCCUUCGAAAAGUCUGUUUGCCGUUUGUACCUGCAACUACAAAGCAGAUUGAAAAUGUUGUGAAAAUGUUGCGAUGCAGAAGAGGAUCCCUUGUAGACAUUGGAAGCGGCGAUGGACGCAUCGUCAUAGCGGCUGCAAAGGAAGGGUUCACAGCAGUUGGUUAUGAAUUAAAUCCAUGGCUAGUUUGGUACUCCAGAUACCGUGCUUGGCGAGAAGGUGUGCAUGGUUGUGCCAAAUUUUAUAUUUCGGAUUUGUGGAAGGUUACUUUUUCGCAGUACUCGAACGUCGUUAUUUUCGGUGUGCCUCAGAUGAUUUUACUAGGUCAGCAGCUGCAGCUGAAAUGAGCCAAGAAUGCUUGCUCUGGGUGGCAGAGAAACACUGCAGGCCUGGAGUGCCGUCUCUUUACCGUCGUGGGCCACCUUCUCAGAACGCGCUGAGUUCACACAGAACGUACUCUGCCCCAGCUUGUUUUAUUUUGUAAAAGUCAGUGGAUGACAAAACAAUUUCAGAUGGCUUUCCUUUG